CUCUGCUCGGCCUCCUCUCCGCUCCGUCCCCGCUGAGCACACGGAGCCAAAGCGCGGCCAUGGAGGAGCUGAGCGCGGUGGGAGAGCAGGUUUUUGACGCCGAGUGCAUCCUUAACAAACGACUCCGAAAAGGGAAGUUGGAGUUCCUGGUGAAGUGGCGAGGAUGGUCGGCCAAACACAACAGCUGGGAGCCUCAGGAAAACAUUCUGGACCCUCGACUCCUGGCGGCGUUCAACAAGAAAGAGCAAGAAAGAGAGAUGAUGAUGAGAAAUCGAGGGAAGAGACCCAGAGGACGACCGCGGAAAAUACUUGAGAACCUUCCAGAACCUCCGAAGUCCAGUAGCUCGUCCGGCUCUGGCUCUGGCUCGUCCUCCUCCUCUGAUUCCUCCUCCUCAUGCUCCUCCUCUUCUUCAUCUGAAGACGAAGAUGACCAGGAGUCAAACCAGCAACCUCCCAUCAGAACCUUACACCCCGUGCCCCAAAAGAAAGCUCAAAUUGUCAUGGCCAAACCCGACCCACCUAGAAAACGCGGGCGAAAACCAAUGCCGCCCGAGCUUAAGGAGUACCACAACAAAGCAAAGAGACCACUCAAAGAAUUGGAAGUCCCGGGUGCUAUCAAAAAACCUGUCCACCCCGCUAGCUUCACGUUUAUGGGUUUUCAUCGCAACAUCAGCAGUUUAAACAGGACCCCGGUUGGUCAAGGCGUGGCUAAAUCCGUGCAAGCGCAGAGCAACCUAGCGGCUAACAAGGCUAACCAAAACAAAAGCGAUGCUAAGCUAACGGGGGCAAGCGCUAGCAGUUUGGAUUUGAAAACACCAGCAGCAAGCAAGUCAAAAGGAGUAGCGGCGCUGAAUUUGAACACAACUAAGCAUCAAGGGACCACACAGCAUACGUUAAGUCCGCCAAAUGUUGCUAAGAAACCGCAAACCAGCAUCGCGAGCAUGCAAAGGACACCCAGCGCAAAAUCCGUAACAGCUUUGCCAUCCAAAAAUGGUCUGUCAGGAGGUCAAGGUUCAAACCAGAAAAAUCCGUUGAAUCUUCAAAAUGCUAAAACAAAAGAUUUACACGUGAAUGGAGUUAUGCAGACGUCAGGGCUCAAAAGUCCGACCCCGCCAGUUCGGAAAACUCAAGAUUAUAUGUCACCCAAAAGUCCCGGUGCACCGUUGCAAAAUCGACAAGAUAAAACUAGCAUAAAAGAGCUUGCAGAGAUCAAGAAUUCAAGAAACGCCGUUCACAAAGCUGCCAGUGAGGUUUCAAAAGACGGGAAGAAGGUGAAUGAGCUGAGUGCAGGUGAGGAGGGGAGCACUUCGGAGUCGGACACGGAUUUUGGAAGUCAGAUUAUGACGAAUAACGACUGGAAGCCGCCCAGAAGUUUGAUCGAACACGUUUUUGUCACCGAUGUUACUGCUAAUCUGGUUACGGUGACGGUGAAGGAGUCGCCGACCAGCGUGGGGUUUUUCAGCAUCCGAAACUACUGAGAUUUUGGACAUUUAACACUGCAACAAAUAAGAGAAAUACAUAAGUUGAAACAGUUUGAAAUCAGAAUAAUUAUCUUUUAUUUAAUUUGAUUUAGUUUUAUUUAAUUGGUUUUGACUUUAUUUGUAAAUCAAGAUUUUACAUUAUAAAAAAAAUAGUUUAAAGGUCCUUUUUGCAACUUUUCUGGUGAGGGAUCUGCCACCUGCUUGUCUCCAUGGAGAUGCUAUUGCGUUGUCUGAAAUGUUCCACAGUAUGGCAUUAAACUUAUGUAUUAAGCAUUUAUUGAAUUUCAGAUGUUCUUUAUUGCUACAAAAACAUGCAUUCUUCCUCUACAUCAACUGUUUGUCUCCGUAAAGAUGGACAGAAUUAAUGUCACCUGUGGAACAACAUCUCCAUGGAGACCAACAGGUGGCCUACCCUCCGCCAGAAAUGUUACAUAGUGCUUCUUUAAACAUUGGUGCAGCCCUACAAACUAAAUAGAUCUUAGUCAAAACUACUCUAACGAGAUGAGUGUUCUGAAUUUAAGUCAUAACUCUUGUUGGUAUUUUUGCAGUGUAACAAACUGUUGGAUCCAUUGAUGGGGAAAAAACAACUUUGCGCUUCUUUUUAGUAAAACCGUUCUUAGUGAACUUUAUUUAUUUGUUUUUGUUUUUUUUAAUGAAUAUGAGUUUAAAUGUGGUCAUAAGGACGCUCAGAGGCUGGUUAUUUCACAAUGGAAAUUAUAAUGGACUGAAAGAGACCGAAAAAGACUGUAUUUAGAAGGAAAACGCUCAAGUGAAGAUGGACAAAACAUUCACCAGAUAAAACGCUGCUGUUGUACAAGUUUGCCGUAUAUACUGUAGAUUUUAGACAGUUUCACACUAUUCCAGGGGUUGGCAGUUCCAUUUCCACCUUAAACUUUGCUUGCUGUGUUUGGGCGAGCCACGUAAGUCAUUAAAAUGUUGUGAUUUACGGUAAAUGUUGAGAUUAUUUGGUUAAUCCAUCAUCAUGAUCAAACCAGUAGCAAUUUACAUAUAAAAAUUACGCAACUUUAAGUGGGUUAAUUGACUAAAAAAGCCCUGGAAAACCCUGGAAAUAUCCUGGAAAGUGAUUUUAAGCAAAGUGUGGGAUUGCAGUGCCAAAAAUAAGUACUUUCAAUUGAAAAUGUACUCAGAAAAAGUAAAACCUUAAUUUGAAACUCACUAGUUUUGUUAUAGAACUAUAUAAUUAAGCAAAUCUAUAUAUUUUUUUACUGGCAACCCUCUACCAAACUGACUUUAAUCUAAAUAGGUUGCAUCAUGUACUUAGAAUUAUAUAUGCCGGUGUCCUCCAUCCUCCUCCAAACCCUAAACAAAAUAGUAUUCUGAAAGUAUCAUUUUUCUGCAAACACGAGAUGGCGGCGUUUUAUUUUGGUGUGUGCUUGUACUUAACAUAUUUACUAACCUUAAGAGAAACUAGUGAGCUGUUUUUAGUUGCUCCUGUCAUGUCUUUGUUGAAUUGUGAAUCAUAUCAAACUGUAGGUUAGUUUUAUAGCAACUUUUAUUUUGUAAUACUCAAAAGUUUAGCUACCUCUUUUGUAUUCUACCUUUCUAUGUCUACUCUUAUUUUGAAGGGACAUAAACUGUUUCCUUUCAGGGUAUAUGUCAUGAUAAUCUAUACAAGUUUUAUACUAAAAUCUGCUGUAUUUGUGAUCAUGUUAAAACUAUUUGGACAAGGUACUAAGUAAGGAGCUAAACUAAAAGCCGUUUUAAAAUUUUUUAUAAUAUUUCUGUCGCAUAUUUGGUCGUUUGCUGUCACUGCCAGUGUCUUAUUUACAUUGAAGGAGUGAGAUUCUGGUGUGGUUCAUAUCUAAAGACUGAAUAUUUUUGUAACCAUGUUCUACUCAAGUAUGUGCAGAUAGACGGAGCAUAUUUUUCAAUAAAUGUGUUUAAUUCAUGAUCU